GGUGUUGUUUGGAGAGCGCAGCGUCGCUGGCUGUAAGUUAAGCCGCCGCUGGGUUUCGGGCGGUCGGAUCGGGGACGGACUCGGCCCGGGCUGGUAUGCCGCUGCGACCAUGGCUGCCUUCGGGAUGUUAAGCUACGAACACCGGCCCCUCAAGCGGCCCAGACUCGGUCCUCCUGACGUUUAUCCUCAAGACCCGAAGCAGAAAGAGGAUGAACUAACUGCACUGAACGUCAAGCAGGGAUUUAAUAACCAGCCAGCUGUAUCUGGAGACGAGCAUGGCAGUGCUAAAAAUGUCAAUUUUAACCCCUCCAAGAUCAGCUCAAACUUCAGCAGCAUCAUUGCAGAAAAGCUGCGGUGCAACACGUUUCCAGACACAGGGAAAAGGAAGCCACAGGUCAACCAGAAGGACAAUUUCUGGCUGGUCACUGCACGAUCGCAGAGCUCCAUCAACAACUGGUUUACUGACUUGGCUGGGACCAAACCUCUCACUCAGCUGGCCAAGAAGGUCCCCAUUUUCAGUAAGAAAGAGGAGGUUUUUGGCUACCUGGCCAAGUACUCUGUCCCGGUGAUGCGCUCUGCUUGGAUGAUCAAGAUGACUUGUGCAUAUCAUGCUGCCAUUACAGAAACUAAAGUCAAGAAAAGGCAUGUCAUUGACCCAUGCAUAGAAUGGACUCAGAUAAUUACUAAGUACCUCUGGGAACAGCUGCAGAAGGUGGCAGAGUUUUACCGACAGUCUCCCAGCCAGGGCUGCGGCUCUCCUCUACCUGCCACUCCAGCAGAGGUGGAGACUGCCAUGAAACAGUGGGAGUACAACGAGAAACUAGCCAUGUUCAUGUUUCAGGAUGGCAUGCUGGACAGACAUGAGUUUCUGACUUGGGUACUGGAAUGCUUUGAGAAGAUACGCCCAGGCGAGGAUGAGCUUCUCAAAUUGCUACUGCCACUCCUUUUACAGUACUCAGGGGAGUUUGUGCAGUCAGCCUAUUUGUCGAGGAGGCUGGCAUACUUCUGCACACGCCGGCUCAACUUGCUGCUAAGCGAUGGAAGCAUUGGGCCCAGCACAGGGGGGCACCCACCCCACAGCAUCUCAGGCCAGUCUGGCAAUGCUCUGCCCCCGACACCAACAUCGCAGCCUGCAGGGGGCAACCAGCCCCAAACGCCCUUCACCGACUUCUACAUCUGCCCCCAACACCGCCCUGUAGUGUUUGUCCUCAGCUGUAUGCUCCAGAGCAUUGUGCUAUGCUGUCCUAGCGCUCUGGUGUGGCACUACUCACUGACGGACAGUCGGAAUAAGACUGGGUCUCCACUGGAUCUUCUACCCAUUGCCCCCUCCAACCUGCCCAUGCCGGGUGGCAACAGCACAUUCAACCAGCAGGUUCGUGCCAAGGUGAGGGAAAUUGAGGAGCAGAUCAAGGAGAGGGGGCAGGCAGUGGAAUUCCGCUGGUCCUUUGACAAGUGUCAGGAAACAACAGCUGGCUUCACCAUUGGCCGGGUCCUACACACACUGGAGGUUCUGGACAACCACAGCUUUGAGAAGUCGGAUUUCAGUAACUCUCUGGACUCCCUGUACAAUCGAAUCUUUGGAUCAGGCCAAAGUAAAGAUGGACAUGAGAUGAGUCCAGACGAUGACGCAGUGGUCACUCUGCUGUGUGAGUGGGCUGUAUGCUGUAAGCGCUCAGGCAGGCACAGAGCCAUGGUGGUGGCUAAGCUGCUGGAGAAGAGACAGACAGAGAUAGAGGCAGAGCGGUGUGGGGAGUCUGAGGUGGUGGACGAGAAAGGCUCCGUGUCCUCUGGCUCUCUCUCAGCUGCCACUGUUCCCGUCUUUCAGGACGUCCUGCUGCAGUUCCUGGAUACACAGGCCCCUGUGCUCACAGAGCCUGGUAAUGAGAGUGAGCGUGUAGAGUUCUCAAACUUGGUGCUGCUUUUCUGUGAGCUCAUUCGCCAUGAUGUGUUCUCUCACAACAUCUACAUGUGCACGCUCAUCUCCCGUGGCGACUUGGCCUCCGACUCCCACCUUCCCCGUCCCCGCUCCCCGAGCGAUGAGCCCUCUGAUGAAUCGGAGCGCAAAGAGCAGGACACAGGAAACAGUGUCAAAAUGGAGGACACUGGUUUAUCUGAGCCUAUGGAAAUAGAUCACAGCUCCAGCACCCACUUUGAUGAGCCGAUGUUCUCCCCUCCUAUGCACUGUGAGGCGAAGGGAAGCCCCUCCCCAGAGAAGGCUGCUCCGGAACAGGACGGUAAAAGCACGGUCAAGGAGAAGAGCAUGGACCCGGCCUUUCCCCAGGUGUACGAGCAGCCCCGCCACAUCCAGUAUGCCACCCACUUCCCCAUUCCUCAGGAGGAGAGUGCCAGUCACGAGUGCAAUCAGCGCCUGGUGGUUUUGUAUGGAGUAGGAAAGCAGCGAGAUGAAGCUCGGCAUGCCAUCAAGAAGAUCACCAAAGACAUCCUGAAAGUGCUAAACCGCAAAAGCACAGCCGAAACUGGAGGUGAAGAAGGGCAGAAAAGGAAGAGGAGUAAACCUGAAGCCUUCCCCACUGCAGAAGACAUCUUCUCCAAAUUCCAGCAUCUCUCCCACUUUGACCAACACCAGGUCACCUCUCAGGUGUCCAGGAAUGUUCUGGAACAGAUCACCAGCUUUGCCUUAGGGAUGUCCUAUCACCUGCCCUUAGUACAGCACAUCCAAUUCAUCUUUGACCUCAUGGAAUACUCCCUCAACAUAAGUGGCCUCAUUGACUUCGCCAUUCAGCUGCUGAACGAGCUGAGUCUGGUGGAGGCUGAGCUUCUGCUGAAAUCCUCUAGUCUGGCAGGCAGCUACACCACAAGCCUGUGCCUGUGCAUCGUGGCUGUGCUCCGCCGCUACCACUCCUGCCUCAUCCUCAACCCUGACCAAACAGCACAGGUCUUCGAUGGGCUGCGGAUUGUGGUGAAGUCAGGAGUGAACCCCGCAGACUGUUCUUCAGCCGAGCGCUGUAUCUUGGCUUACCUGUAUGACCUCUAUACCUCCUGCAGUCACCUGAAGAGCAAAUUUGGAGAAAUCUUCAGUGAGUUCUGCUCCAAGGUGAAAAACUCCAUCUAUUGGAACAUUGACCCAUCGGACUCCAACAUGCUGUGGGACCAGGUGUUCAUGAUCGAUGCCAUAGCAAACCCUUCAGCUCACAACCUCAACCACUCCAUGGUCGGAAAGAUCCUUAAUGACAGCCCAGCCAACCGUUACAGCUUUGUGUGUAACGUGCUGAUGGAUGUCUGCGUGGACCAUCGUGACCCUGAGAGAGUUAAUGAUAUCGGCAUCCUGUGUGCUGAGCUGACGGCAUACUGCCGUUCACUAAGUGCAGAGUGGCUGGGUGUGCUGAAAGCCCUCUGCUGUUCCUCCAACAACGGCAACUGUGGGUUCAAUGAUCUGCUUUGCAAUGUUGAUGUGAGCGACCUGUCAUUCCAUGACUCACUGGCUACGUUUGUUGCCAUCCUCAUAGCUAGACAGUGUCUACUGCUGGAAGAUCUGGUGCGCUGUGUGGCCAUCCCUUCUCUCCUCAAUGCUGCCUGUAGCGAGCAAGACUCAGAGCCAGGAGCCAGACUCACCUGUAGGAUUCUGCUGCAUCUAUUCAGAACACCCCAGAGAAACCCCUGUCCACAGGAUGGCAAGUCAGAUAAAUCGACGGUGGGCAUUAGGUCAUCAUGUGAUCGCCAUCUGCUGGCUGCAUCUCAGAACAGCAUUGUGGUGGGUGCAGUGUUUGCUGUCCUGAAGGCUGUAUUCAUGUUGGGUGAUGCUGAGCUUAAAGGCUCAGGGUUCUCUCACCCUGCUGGGCUUGAUGACAUUGGAGAGGACGACAUGGGGUCCAAAAAAUCAGGAGGCCGUAAUGUCUCCAUAGAAACAGCCAGCCUAGAUGUUUAUGCCAAGUAUGUGCUGAAAAGCAUCUGCCAGCAGGAGUGGGUUGGGGAGCGCUGUCUGAAGUCCCUCUCGGAGGACAGCAGUGCACUCCAGGACCCUGUGCUGGUGAACAUUCAGGCACAGAGGUUGCUGCAGCUCAUCUGCUACCCACACAGACAGCUGGACAGUGAGGAGGGAGACAACCCUCAGAGACAGCGCAUCAAACGCAUCCUUCAGAACAUGGACCAGUGGACCAUGAGGCAGUCUUCUCUUGAGCUGCAGCUCAUGAUCAAGCAAAGCUCAAACAAUGAGCUGUAUUCUCUUUUGGAAAAUAUUGCCAAGGCAACCAUUGAAGUUUUCCAGAAGUCUGCUGAAAUGAACUCCAGUAACCCUUCCUGGAAUGGCUCUACUGCCUCUAGUAGCUCUGUCUCCAAUAGCAACAACGCCAGCAAACUCAAACCAGUGCUCAGUUCAUCGGAGCGCUCGGGCGUGUGGUUGGUGGCCCCUCUGAUCGCUAAGCUGCCUACCUCUGUACAAGGGCACGUACUGAAAGCGGCAGGGGAGGAAUUGGAGAAGGGACAACACCUGGGCUCCUCAUCCCGCAAGGAGAGAGAUCGACAAAAACAGAAGAGUAUGUCCCUUUUGAGCCAGCAGCCCUUCUUGUCUCUGGUGUUGACGUGCCUAAAAGGACAGGAUGAGCAGAGAGAGGGCCUCCUUACCUCUCUCUACAGCCAAGUACAGCAGAUUGUCACUAACUGGCGUGAAGACCAGUAUCAGGAUGACUGCAAGGCCAAGCAGAUGAUGCAUGAGGCUCUGAAGUUGCGGCUCAAUUUGGUGGGUGGGAUGUUUGACACAGUUCAGCGAAGCACACAACAGACCACUGAGUGGGCAGUGCUUCUCCUCGACAUCAUCAGUAGUGGGACCGUGGACAUGCAGUCUAACAAUGAGCUGUUCACCACUGUGCUGGACAUGCUGAGUGUGUUGAUCAAUGGAACUCUCGCAGCAGACAUGUCCAGCAUCUCUCAGGGCAGCAUGGAGGAGAACAAAAGGGCUUACAUGAACCUGGUCAAGAAACUUAGGAAAGAGUUGGGGGAUCGGCAGUCUGAGAGUUUGGAGAAAGUGCGACAAUUACUGCCACUACCCAAGCAGACUCGGGACGUCAUUACAUGUGAACCCCAGGGCUCGCUCAUAGACACCAAGGGCAACAAAAUUGCUGGAUUUGAGAAGGAGGGUCUGCAGGUGUCAACAAAGCAGAAGAUCUCUCCAUGGGAUGUUUUUGAGGGCCUAAAGCACUCGGCUCCACUCUCCUGGGGAUGGUUCGGCACAGUUCGUGUCGACCGCAAAGUCACCCGCUUCGAAGAACAGCAAAGGCUCCUCCUUUACCACACCCACUUGAAACCCAAACCACGUAGUUAUUACCUGGAGCCCCUACCUCUACCACCGGAGGAAGAGGAGCCUCUUACUCCUGUGCAACAAGAACCAGAAAAGAAGAUGGUGGAGGCAGUGAAAUCAGAGAAGAGUGUGCCCAGUGUGGCCCCAGAUCCCAACAAGAAGAAGAAGAAAAAGAAAACUCCAUCUACAAGUAAACCAGAGGACUACACUGCUCGUAACCCAAACGUGAUGUCCUAUGGAGGCAUGAACAGUGAACUCAUGAACAUGGCCCAGCCCAACCACCCUUACAGAAUGGGCUACAACCAACCAUCUAUUAUAUACACCCAGAAUCAACCCCUUCCUCCAGGUGGUCCAGGACUGGAGCCCCCAUACCGACCUCGCAUGCCUGUGAAUAAGAUGAUGCCCACACGGCCCAACUACCCCGGCAUAAUGGGCAACCUCCAAGGUGGAAUAGGCAUGAUGGGCAUGGACAACAAGCAGUACCCAAUGGGCUUCAAGCCACAGCCUACUAUGGCCCAGGGCCAGAUGCUCCGCCAGCAGCUCCAGGUCAGACUGAACCAGAGUAUGCUGGGACAACAGAUGAGGCCGAUGCCACCAAAUCAGCCGUACACCACAAUGCAGCCAUCACAGAACAUUCCACAGGGCUAUACCAGCUAUGGUUCCCACAUGGGAAUGCAGCCACACCCCUCUCAGACAGGAGCAAUAGUUCCUUCCUCGUACGGUAACCCAGGCUUCCAGGGAGCCCAUCCUGGUACAAACCCUGGAGUAGUGGAUCCUCUGAGGCAAAUGCAGCAAAGGCCCAGCGGAUAUGUCCACCAGCAAGCUCCUGGUGCCUACACACACAGCAUGCAAAACGCACAGAGGUUCACCCAUCAGCCCAUACAGCAGGCUCCCAUGAUGCACAGCCUGGGGCAGGGUCACAUGGGGGCACAGGGGGUGCACCCUGGCAUGCGGCCGAACCAGAUGCUGGACCAGCAGCAGCAGCAGCAACAGGCGCAGCAGCAACAGUUUCUGAGGCAGCAGGCCCUCCGGCAACAAGCUCAACAGCAGCAGGUCCAGCAGCAGCAGGUUCCCUCCCAGCAAGUGCAGCAGCCUCAGCAGGUGCCAUCUCAGCAGGUGCAGGUGCAGGUGCAACAGCAACAGGUCCAGCAGCAGCAGGUGGGGGCAGCACAGCCCCCUACCCAGGCCCAGACUCAGGCCUUAGGCAUGCAGCCUGUGUUCCCUCGGCAGGGACAAGGCAUGCAGCAGACCCAGCAGCAGCAGCAGACCGCAGCGCUGGUCAGACAGCUCCAACAGCAACUGUCAAGCACGCAACCUGGACAGAACACCAACUCUUACUACUAAUAGUGUGAGACCUGUGUGGCUGUGAGAAGUGGAUGCAGCCCUUCUAAAAUAGACUGUGGUCUAGAGUGAUUCCAUGUGGGCAAGAAAGCCUAGAAGAUCAGUGGCAUAGAAAAUACUUUGGGCCUAGAAGAUUCCCAGAUGAUCAUCGAUAAUCUGACCACAGUGCUGUUUAUGUACUACAAUUAAACCCACUCUCUGUAAGAUGUGUAAUUCCAAAAUCAUCUGAAGGACUGUGCUGUGAAAUAGAGAUCAUGGAGAGCAAUGACGGAAGACUGUGUAAAAAGAAAAAGUACAAGAAAUUAUAAGAAUAAUGCAAUUUUUUAAUUUUAUUUCACUUUGUACAAUUUUUCAGUUUCGUGUAUUCUCAUUAAAAACAAAAAUCAUG